UCGUCGCUCUGGAGUGGAUGUGUAUCAUAAAAGUGUGUAUGUGCAGACAAAAAUUGUAAAAAAAAAAAAUAAUAAUAAAUUGAUUGAUAUAAUUGAUGAUCAUCGAUAAAAAUUAAUAUUACAUAAGUCGCAUAUUUUAGAAGUAGUGAGGCUAUUGUAAAGUUUGAGUUAGUGAGUGUUAGCAAACAAUACAUAAUGCCGAAAAGUUCACCGUCAGAAAUUAGAGAAAAAAAACGAAAUUUGUUUACCAAAACAUUCAUAGAGCACGACGACUGGCAGUGCGACGACCUAGUGGCAUUUAUUGUAGUUGAAUUUGACGGUGGCGUGGAGGAUAUCAACUGGAUUUUAAAAACAGCUCUAGAGCGGAAAAAAUGGCCUUACAAGAUCGUCAAAUUACUCAUGGAAAAUGGCACGGAGUUGCAAGUACUCAAUGACUUGAAUCAAACGGCGAUUCAUAUUGCAGCGAAACAUCAAGAUUGGUCAACUAUGGGCUUUUUACUUGAAUAUUCCGGGGGCGAAAACAUCAGCGAUAAACAAGGGUUCUCUUAUUUACACGCAGCCUGUAUGUCUGGCUGUUAUGACACGGUACAGAAAUACAUUCGUAACGGUGUAGAUAUCAAUUGUGUUUUCAAUAAAAAUGGGAUCGAUAAAACCCCUUUGACUUUAGCUCUUGAAUUCGAUCAAAUAUAUAUAGCAAAGUUACUAUUAGACAAUGGCGCCGAUCUGGAAUUAGUACAUGACUGGGGUAAAGCGCCUUUAGGGUGCCUUAAACGUUUAGAUGAACGCGAUAACAAAAAGCGACUAGAUAUACUGAAACUUGUGGGUGAUCAUUAUUUGAAGGGGCUGCUAAAACGUAAAAUAGACUCAGGAGUACUCGAAAAUCACAGCGACGAUGAAGGAUUUACGUAUUUACACGCAGCUUGCAUGUAUGGACAAAUCAAGAUAGUGCAGAAAUUCAUAGAUCAGAAAGACAAUCUUGAUCUCAUUUGGCGACGCCUGAAUGGUUCCAAUGAAUCACCAUUGACUCUAGCAACUAAAUAUAAUGAAAUUAAAAUAGUACAGUUGCUUUUGAAAAAUGGUGCUGAUCCUAAUUUGAAACUCUUGGAAAAAAACCCUUUGCACGUUUUUUUCAAUGGUUUUUUCCAUUGGGUACUCUUUGAAGUACCAGUAGAUUGUUACACUAAACUUCUUGAACUUUUUAUUAGUUACAAGUGCGAUGUGAAUGCAAAAAACCAAGAUGGUCGCAGCCCAUUGUUUCUUUGCCUAAAUAAUUUAUUGCGUAUUCCUUACGAGAGUUGUUGUACAAAAAAAGCCAUGAGUACUGCCAUCAAAAAUCUAGAAAUUCUACUGAUAAACAAUGCUGACAUCAAUGAAGUAUUCAAUUCUGGGUACGACGUGGUAAAGGAUUUUUUGAAAUACGGAGACAUAUUGAUAAGUGAUGUAGACGCAAUGUGCACAUUUUUAUCUAUUCUCGAUCUGCUCAAGAGGAAAGGAUAUAAAAUUAAUGGAUCAAGCGGCUUGAUGGUAUUAAAAUUUCUGCUUGAUGCAGUUAGUCCUGACAACGCUCACAACUACAACAGGGAUAAGUUUAAGAACGCAAUACUGUUCGAUUCUUCAAAUCAAAUUCGUUGGUUUCUGGAAAAAGAGCAAUACGAAUAUUCAACUCAAUAUUACUAUAAUCGGUAUUACUGUGGCUUUCUUUACGAACAUUUUGUAAUCGUAGAAAAAGGGAAAAUGUUUAUGACAGAGGAGAGGAUGGAUAUUUUGAAAAGGUGGGAACAAUUUUACAUCGCCAAACACGAGGAAAUUGAUGAUUCGUGUAUGAGUGGAUGGUCGAUGCAUGGAUGUAUUGCGUCAGAAAUCGACAGUAUGAAAAAAAUGAUGAUUAAAAACGGUGUGUCUCUACUCGAUGUUUGUGUGUCUGCUCCUAAAAAAGGGUAUGAAUUAUUGAAACAUUCUGAAUUCCGAACAGUUAUUAAUUCAGAUGAUUUCAAAGAAAAUUGCCGUUAUUCAUCUGAAACCAUUAAAGGAUACAUAAUAAAAUGUCUUCUGAGGAAAAUAUAUGAAGACACUGGAUUAGAAUACAUGAUGUUGCUUCUGCAGGGUAAACUUCCUUUAUUAUGCUGCGAAAAAGUAAUUAAACACUUGAGCAAUGAAGAAAUACUAUUAAUUUGUAAAAUGGCCAUACAUGAAAUUUGA